AUGCCUGGUCUGCCGGCCAGCGUAGAUCUCGACGAAUGCAUCGACCGCCUCUACCGCAAAGAACUCCUCGCCGACUCGGUCAUCGAAGCCGUCUGCGCCAAAGCAAAAGAGCUGUUGAUGAAGGAGAGCAAUGUCGUCCACAUCCAAGCCCCCGUGACCGUCGUCGGCGACAUCCACGGCCAAUUCUUCGACAUGAUUGAGAUCUUCAAAAUCGGUGGAUACUGUCCGGACACAAACUAUCUCUUCUUGGGAGACUACGUCGACCGCGGCCUCUUCUCAAUCGAAACCAUCUCCCUCCUCAUCUGCCUCAAACUCCGCUACCCUUCCCGGGUGCACCUCCUCCGCGGCAACCACGAGUCCCGCGGCGUCACGCAAUCCUACGGCUUCUACACCGAAUGUUCCCGCAAAUACGGCAAUCCCGCCGUCUGGCACCACUUCACCGACAUGUUCGACUACCUCUCCCUCUCCUGCGUCAUCGAUGACAAAAUCUUCUGCGUACACGGCGGCUUGUCUCCCUCGAUUCACAGUAUCGACCAGAUCAAAAUCAUCGACCGCUUCCGGGAGAUUCCCCACGAAGGACCGAUGGCGGAUUUGGUAUGGUCGGAUCCGGACGCUGAGAGGGAUGAAUUCUCUCUUUCGCCUAGAGGAGCGGGGUACACAUUCGGAGCACAAGUGGUGAAGAAAUUCCUGGCGGUGAAUAGCAUGACGCACAUCCUCCGCGCGCAUCAACUCUGUAAUGAGGGAUACAUGGUCAUGUUUGAAGACCGACUGAGUACAGUCUGGAGUGCUCCCAAUUACUGUUAUCGGUGUGGGAAUUUAGCGAGUGUCUUGGAGGUCGGGCCGGGAGGGGAGAGGAAGUGGAAUGUGUUUGAUGCGGCGCCGGAGAAUGAGGUUAUGAGGGUGGAGCAGCAGGCGCAGCAGCAGGCUCAGGGUGGUGGGGAUCCGGUUCGGGAUUACUUUUUGUGA